AAAUAGCCAGGUGUGGUUAUGUGGACCUGUAGUCCCAGCUACUCCAGAGACUGAGGCAGGAGGAUUGCUUGCCAAGUCUCUUCCCUUGGGCACCCAUGAUCCUGCUUUAAUUGUAUGUCCAGAUUACCUCUGACAACACUGCCGACGUUGCUUUCUGAAGAUUGGACCCUAAGUUUAAGAAAAAAAAUUUUUCAGUUUGUUUUAUAUCUAAAACUCUUAAUGAGACUUCCAAAAGUGCCCCUGGAAAGGCACAAAGAUUUGGUCAUUCACCUUAUAAAAAGGAAAAUAUUGCAAAAAUAAUUAGAUUUAAGUGUUACUAUUUUAAUUGCUGCACAGAAAAAGUAAUUGUCAAAUCAGAAGAGAUGCUAGUUGGGGUUUCCCUUGGCUAAGUUGGUGCAGGUAAAAUGUUAUCACUACAAAUAUUCUGUAAGUCGUGGGCUUUAUGGGAAGUCUCUUGCGUGUCAGCGCCCUCCCUUGCUUAUGUGCUGUAUUUUCAUUCUCAGAGUAAACACUGACCAAAUUUGUUAUGAAAUAGGUAUGAACCGUACCCCAAAGAGAGCUGAACUCUCCUCCAUCUUAUAUCAUUGGCUGGAGAAAAAAAUUAAUCUCAACCGGCUGCUGACCAGGACACCUGUGUGCCAGGAGUGAUUUGGAGCUGCCCACAGUGCCCGAGCCAUGGACUCUGAGGUCAGCAAUGGCUCGGGCCUCAAGGAUGUGCAUGUCGCAGACUUGCUGGUGUUUGGCUUCCUCCAAAGCUGCUCCAGCAACAGUUUCCAGACAGAGCUGGAGGCACUGGGCCGUGCGCUGCCUGUGCGAGACUGCCUGUGGGAGGACUUUGAGGACGAGCUGCAGACGGACGGCAGCAGGGCCAGCCGCUUCCAUGCGCAGAGGAUAGAGGCAGAUUCUGAAAGCGAGGAGGACCUCAUUCAGAAUCUUGCCAGGCAGCUGGCCCAGAUAGGGGACAGCAUGGAGCACAGCAUCCCCCCGGGACUGGUGCAUCGCCUGGCGGAGCAGCUUGUGAACCCCGACCUCGUGGAGGAAGACAGAAGGGGGCACGUGGCCACCGCCCUGGAGCAGCUGAUGCAGACUUGCCCUGCAGACCUGGAGCAGGAGAAGGCCACAUUGGUGCUCACCAUGCUGCUGGCCAAAAAGGUGGCCGAUCACACGCCGUCCUUGCUCCGUGAUGUCUUUCGCACAACAGUGAAUUUUAUUAACCAGAACCUGCUUACCUAUGUGAGGAACUUGGCCAGAAACUUUAUCAGCUUUAUGCUUAAGACACGCUGCCCUCAGAGGGCGGCGAGGCCCACCGCAGCCUCGCUGGGGUCCGCCCUGAGCAGAGCGCGCGGGCCUGGGAGGAAGCCGCUGGGCGGCCCAGGCCAAGCUUCCUCAGGCUGCUGUCACCUCCCUUGGCACACAAAUCAAUGGACUGAAUGGAUGACUGCAAAAGUGCGACCGGCCACCGCCUGGUGUGGGGUAGUCGUGCACCUGCCUCCAGUGCAGACGGAGCGCUGGCUGUAUACACAGAGUUCCUGGAGAAGACAGGCACUGGACAAUAGCUAUUUAUUUCUCACCAUUUUAAAUGAUGUUUUAAGCUGGUGACCCAUUUAGAAAUUUCGACAUCAAUACACUUGAAUGAAAAUGUCAACUUGCACAUACUUGAAUGGGUUUGAUACUAUUUCCUAAAUCUACACAUUGUGCCUUUAUCUUAUUUCAGCUGUACAGGUUCCCACUUGAAAAUUAAUUUUUUUUAGAUGAAGCUAUUUAUUGGCCAAGAAAAUUAAGUCUAAAAGCAGGCUUUAAGACAGAAGAACAAAACAUAAUAUUUCUUUGGUAAAAAAAAAAUUCUGUUUAUUAAAGUACAACCUUGGGGGAUGGCCUCACAGCAAGCAGCGUCUUGUUUGAGCGGAGCAGGGAUUGGAGAAGAAGGCACACCCCUCACAGAUGGAAGUGACACUCAAGAUAGGGCCCAUCUUAAUACUAAGCAACAGUUUUCCUGUUUAAAAACCAAAUGGCACAGAGGUUUUGGACUAAAGUGCUGUACUUAAACAAUGAGAAGUUCUGGCCUCAUCCAUAGGUGUUUUGACUUUUUCAACUUGAUUUCCUUUUGUUCGAAUCAAGAACAACUAUGGGCCGUUAAAAGGUGUGAAGGUGGUUUACGGAUCCAGCAGUCAACCAUUGUUUCCAAAAUCUGGUAACUAAAUGUACUUUUUCUAAGAAACCAAGGCUUUGGUUGAAAAAAAAUUUUUUUUCCUAAAAAUUUCACGCUGAUGGGGUACCAGAAACUACUGCAGAUGCUGUUUGGUGUCCAGUCACACCCCUUGGCUCAUCCCUGCCCCAGGAGACGCGUCCGGAGAAAUCAGGGUUCUAGGCAUGCAAGAGGAGAGCGCAGUUCAACUUCUUAAAACCCAGCAACUGAAGGGACUCCCUUUCCUGGGGACAUAGUCAGAACCAAGUCGCUUAGUGCCAGAACAAACAAGGAAGAGCUUACGUUUAGAAACAAUGCAACUCUGGUCUUUUGUUCCCAAGUAUAAGCUAUUUCCUAGGAAUCAGUUUAAAGCUGGCAGUGGAUCACGGGGCCAUAUCACAGACAUUGCCUUUAACAGUGAAGCUCUUUGUACUGUGAGCACGAUGCUUCUGGGGAAAAACAAGAGUAAUGAGGUACUAAUAAAUACUUUGUUACCAAAAACA